AUGGACACACUUGACAAUGCAUCCUCUUCGCUGGGGUGCUUCCGAGCAUCGAACAUGAUGACUCCAGUUCUGGACAUCCCCUACUUCCUGAGUGAGAGUGCCACAGCACUGUUCUCCAUCGUGGGCAACCUCUUCAUCUGCAUGGUUUUCUUGCGGAAUAGGAAGCUGCGGGCCGUCGUCACCAAUUACUUCCUGGUCUCGCUUGCCGUGGCAGACAUCUUGGUGGGGGCAGUGGCAAUCCCAUGCGCCCAGUUUACCGAUAUGGGAUUGCCCCGGUACAGGCCACGGCUUUGCCUAUUGAUGCUUUGCACACUGCUUGUGUUCACACAAGCCUCGGUGUUUGGGCUGUUAGCCAUCGCGGUGGAAAGGUACAUCUCCAUUUUGAAGCCUUUCCAGUACAAAUCCUGGAUGAACCCCCGCAACUCACUCCUGGUUAUCCUAGCCUGCUGGUCACUGGCUGUUCUCAUUGGCCUCUUCCCUCUGAUGGGCUGGCACAACCCUUUCCCGGCCAACGGGGAAUGCCUGUUCAACAGCAUCAUUAAAGACACCUACAUGGUCUAUUUCAAUUUCAUGACAUGCAUGCUGGUGCCGUUGUCCAUCAUGAUGGUGCUGUACGGCCGCAUCUUCCUGGAAGUCAGGCGUCAGAUCCGCAAGGUGGCCCAGGGGGAGGUUGAUGUCAGCGCUCAGCAGAGGCGACGGAUCGUCAUCCGCAAGGAAAUGCAGACGGCCACCUCUCUCUUUAUCAUCCUCUUCUUCUUCGCCAUCUGUUGGCUGCCGGUCCAUAUCCUCAACACCAUCAUGCUUCUCUGCCCGACCUGCUGCAUCCCUACUCAGCUCAUCAUGACGGCCAUCAUUCUGUCUCAUGCCAACUCUGCCAUCAACCCGAUCAUCUAUGUCUUCCGCGUGAGGUCCUUCCGGAAGGCUUUUGAGAGAGCCUUUUCCUGUGUCUGGUACUCCACGGCUGUGAGCGUCUUCUCUACGUCUGGGAUGAUGCCAUCUGCCAUCUCGGAAAUGCCGCUCCGAAAUAUCUCUCUGCCAGGGAAGUGA